CUGACUUUAUAAUCCGUUGAGACCUGCUUUCGAUGCUUUCAUGAUUUCUUAUAAAGCCAGGGAAAAAUAUCACUAUAAUAAAUUGAUAGCCUUUCGAGUCUAAUCACGUACGCCGAUUGAGAUUCAAGACCAUAUCCCCUCAACAAUUUCAACCAUGAGAAUCCUCAUCACCGGUGCCGCAGGCUUCAUCGGCCAGAUUCUCGCCGAACAACUUCUCGCCGACCCAUUGCACACCCUAAUACUUACUGACAUCAUCGAGCCCCCUAUCCCGCGCAGUGCCAAACAUCCCCAGAACGCAAAAUGCAUCAAAGCAGAUCUCUUCGACGCAUCGUCCAGUGUGGUUACUGCCGAUCUAGAUGCCGUAUACGUCUUCCAUGGCAUCAUGUCCUCAGGCUCCGAAGCCAACUUCGACCUUGGCAUGCGCGUCAACGUCGAUGCUACACGAGCCCUCAUUGAUACUCUACGACACACGUGCCCGGGCGUGCGCGUUAUAUACGCCUCGUCCGGGGCCGUGUACGGGCAUCCGCUGCCUGCUGUCCUGACUGAGAGUGUGCUACCAACGCCCGAGUCUAGUUACGGCGUUGAAAAAAUGAUGGGCGAGUUCCUAAUCAACGAGUACACGCGGCGCGGGUUUAUCAAUGGAUUCUCCCUCCGCUUCCCGACAAUUAGUGUGCGACCGGGCAAGCCGACGGCGGCUGCAUCUUCGUUUCUGAGUGGCAUGGUGCGCGAGCCGCUGGCGGGCAAGGAAUGUGUCAUUCCGAUCAAAGACCGCAGUUGGAAACAUUGGCUGUGCUCGCCGCGCACACUGGUAUGGAAUCUGGUGCAUAUGCUGGGCGUGCCGGGAGAUGCGCUGCCGAGGCACUUUAGGAGUGUUAAUGUGCCGGGGUUCCAGGUGAGUGUGCAAGACAUGAUUGAUGCGCUGGAGAGGGUCGGUGGGAAGGAAGCAGUAGCGUUGUUGCGUGAAGAGGAGGAGCCAGAGACGAAGCGGAUAUUGAUGAGUUGGGCGGAUAACUAUGACAACACGUUGGCGAUCAAAUUGGGAAUGAAACAAGACAGUAAUUUCGAGCAGAAUAUAAGAGACUAUAUUGAGGAUGUUAGAGAGGCGUGAAAGUGGGAAGCAGUAAGUCUGUAUGAUACAAAAUGUGUCAACGCUUUCAAAGCCACAACGCGAAUCCUUUGAAAAAUCUAUUAUCCUCGUCCAAGUCUACAUUUCCAAUGCGAGCCAUGGCCUCGCUGACUACGCUCAAAGGUAAUGUUCACAGUACUUUAUCCGGCUACCAAUCGACGUCCGGGUGAAGUCAGUGCAAUGUAAUCGUAGGUCCGAAGAUACAUUUCCAAAAAUAGAGCGAAACUCGCAACAAAAAGUGGUCGGUAUACAACGUUGGUGACUACAUGCUCGCAAGGUAGCGAGCUUUUGUAAUGCUUGAGAUGCCUAGGUGCGAGUCUGGAGGAGUGUUUGGCCUCUCGGUCUUACAGAUUGAUCUUCUUGAGUUAUACAUAUGUAGAAACUCGUUCUCGGCAGCAUGCGAG